ACUCUAAAGAGCGCUCAGUCUCAGCUCUCCUUUCACUUCCCGCUCCAACAUGUUGGCAGGAGGAGGCGGAGGAGGAUGCUGCGCUCAAACCUCGGUGCGUUCUUGCCACCUCGCCGGCCGGCGCGCGGUGCCUCUGACUCAGAGCCGCCUUUCACUUGUAUCCGCCUGAAGGAAUUAAGAAGGGAGGGGGGCCGCCGGGCCCCCCAGGUUCCGCAGGACAUCAGGAGCGCUCGCACCAGGAUCCCCAGGAGGAGCAGCAGCAGCAGGAGGAGAGUAGAACACAGCAACUGCCCCUCAUCUGGAGUGGAAACUAUCACCUCAGACAUCACCGCCGCCUCCUCUGCUUUCCCUGACACUUCUCCCUUUUCCGCUCCAAGAUCCAUGUGGCAAGCGGCAAUAAGGAGGAAGCGCUACCUCCUGGACCGGGAUGGGGAGCCCGGUGAGGGAAAGAAGGGAGGUCAGCAUGGGAGGAGCAGAUCCCGGGACUGGUUGUACGAGUCGUACUACUGCAUGAGCCAGCAGCAUCCGCUGAUUGUGUUCCUGCUGCUCAUAGUGAUGGGAGCGUGCUUGGCUCUGCUGACUGUGUUCUUUGCAUCGGGACUGAACGUUGAGGACCACGUGGCCUUUGUAAUCACAGUGCCCACAGCGUUGGCCAUCUUCCUGGCUGUAUUUGUUUUGGUCUGCAUCGAAUCCAUUUUCAAGAAGCUUCUUCGGGUUUUCUCCCUUGUCAUCUGGGCCUGCUUGGUCGCUAUGGGUUACCUUUUUAUGUUUUCCGGCGGGAUCGUCUGCCCGUGGGACCAGGUGUCCUUCUUUUUGUUCAUCGUUUUCGUGGUUUACACGAUGCUGCCGUUCUCCAUGCGGGAGGCCGUCAUCGCCAGCGUUGUCACGUCUGCCUCGCACACGGCCGUGUUGAGCGUCUGCCUCGCUACGACGGCUGAUCACAUGGAACCUGUGGUAUGGCAGAUUUUGGCCAAUAUCAUCAUUUUCAUGUGUGGCAACAUGGCGGGGGCGUACCACAAACACCUGAUGGAGUUGGCACUCAAGCAGACUUAUCAGGACACCUGCAACUGCAUCAAAUCUCCCAUUAAACUGGAAUUUGAAAAGAGACAGCAGGAGCGUCUGCUGCUGUCGCUGCUGCCGGCGCACAUCGCCCGAGUGAUGAAAGCAGAAAUCAUCCAGAGACUCAAAGGGCCAAAUUUGGGUCAGAUCGAGAACACCAACAAUUUUCACAACCUCUAUGUUCAGAGACACACUAAUGUCAGCAUACUGUAUGCUGAUAUCGUUGGAUUCACACGCCUUGCCAGUGACUGCUCACCUGGCGAGCUGGUGCACAUGCUAAAUGAAUUGUUUGGCAAAUUUGACCAAAUUGCCAAGGAAAAUGAAUGUAUGCGGAUAAAAAUCCUUGGAGAUUGUUACUAUUGCGUAUCUGGCCUGCCAGAGUCUCUACCGAAUCACGCCAAGAACUGCGUCAAAAUGGGACUGGACAUGUGUGAGGCCAUCAAGAAAGUGCGUGAUGCCACAGGGGUUGACAUCAAUAUGCGUGUUGGCGUGCAUUCAGGGAACGUUCUGUGCGGGGUCAUCGGACUUCAGAAAUGGCAGUAUGAUGUUUGGUCACAUGAUGUCACGCUGGCCAACCACAUGGAAGCAGGAGGCGUGCCCGGGCGAGUCCACAUCACAUCAGUGACACUGGAGCACCUGAAUGCAGCCUACAAAGUGGAAGACGGGGACGGGCAGGAGAGAGACCCUUACCUCAAGGAGCACGGAGUCAUCACCUAUUUGGUGAUUAACCCAAAGGUGGAGCGUCGCAGCCCGCAGCAUCACUACAGGCCCCGACACCCCCUGGACGGAGCCAAGAUGAGAGCCUCGGUCCGGAUGACCCGCUACCUGGAGUCUUGGGGGGCAGCCAAGCCUUUCGCCAACCUGCACCACAGGGACAGCAUGACCAACGAGAACGGAAAGAUCAACACGGCCGAUGUGCCGACGGGGCAGUACCAUUUCCAGAGGAGAUCUGAAAGGACAAAAUCUCAGAAAAAGCGGUUCGAGGAGGAACUGAAUGAGAGGAUGAUCAGGACCUUUGAUGGCAUAAAUUCCCAAAAGCAGUGGCUCAAAUCUGAGGACAUCCAAAGAAUAUCGUUAUUCUUUCACAAUAAAUCCCUGGAAAAGGAGUACAGAACAACAAUCUUGCCAGCCUUCAAAUACUACAUCACCUGCGCCUGUCUCAUCUUUUCCUGCAUUUUCAUUGUGCAGAUACUCGUCUUACCAAAGACAGCAGUCUUGGGGAUAUCUUUUGGGAUGGCUUUCUUUUUCCUUUCCUUGAUUGUCUUCAUCUGUUUCAUCGGACACGUCAUGCACUGCAGCAAAAGCGCGCCCACUUCGUGGACGUGGCUGCUCAGGUCGUCUGUGAUUAUCGCCAACAAGCCGUGGCCCCGAAUCACACUCACCUUGACGACGACAGCUCUCAUACUCACUAUGGCGGUAUUCAACAUGUUCUUUUUGGAGGACAACGCGUUGUCUCCGCUUGCCGUCUACAAUUCGACCAAUGAAACGCAGCUUUACGCAGACGGACAACCGGCAGGCCCAAACAACUUCUACCUUCCUUAUUUAAUUUACAGCUGCAUUCUGGGCCUGAUCUCCUGCUCGGUGUUCCUGAGGAUAAACUAUGAGCUGAAAAUGAUAACCAUGUUGACAGCCGUGGUGGUUUACAACGUCAUCAUUCUCCAAACACACGCUUCGCUCUUGGAUGAAUAUAGCCGAUUCCUGUACAAAUCUGAAAGCCUGGACAGGCCAGGAGUCCUCAAAGACCUGAAGACGAUGGGCUCCAUCUCACUCUUCAUCUUCUUCAUCACGCUACUUGUGCUUGCCCGGCAGAAUGAAUAUUACUGUAGGUUAGACUUUCUGUGGAAGAACAAGUUCAAGAAGGAGUGCGAGGAGAUCGAAACUAUGGAAAACCUCAACCGUGUCUUGCUGGAGAACGUCCUGCCUGCACAUGUCGCGGAGCACUUCCUGGCACGGAAUUGGAAGAAUGAGGAUCUGUACCACCAGUCUUACGAUCUGGUGUGCGUCAUGUUUGCCUCCAUUCCAGACUUUAAAGAGUUUUACACGGAAUCUGAUGUCAACAAGGAAGGAUUAGAGUGUCUCCGGCUUCUCAAUGAGAUCAUAGCUGAUUUUGAUGAGCUAUUGUCAAAGCCUAAAUUCAGCGGUGUGGAAAAGAUUAAAACUAUUGGAAGCACUUACAUGGCUGCGACAGGGCUCAAUGCCUCGCCUGGACCAGAGUACCCAUCACAGGUGACGAUCGGCACACGCUUUAAGAAAUCAUUUUUGACCCACGAUGAUAUCCUAAUUGUCUUUGUUAUUCAAAACUCUUCCCAGGAACAUGACAGACAGUACUUGCACAUCGGGACCAUGGUGGAGUUUGCAUUUGCUUUAGUGGGGAAGCUGGAUCUUAUCAACAGACACUCAUUCAAUGACUUCAAACUCCGAGUUGGUAUCAACCAUGGGCCAGUGAUUGCUGGAGUCAUAGGAGCACAAAAGCCGCAGUAUGAUAUCUGGGGCAACACAGUGAACGUCGCCAGCCGCAUGGACAGCACGGGGAUUCUGGGCAAAAUACAGGUGACAGAGGAGACAAGCCGCAUCCUUUUGACGCUGGGCUACAUGUGCUCCUGUCGAGGCAUCAUCAACGUCAAGGGCAAAGGAGAGCUCAAGACUUACUUUGUUCACACAGAAAUGACCCGCUCACUGUCUCAAGGGAACAUGAUGUCGUGAGAUUUGAGUUAAAUUAUUAUUUUGGCUGCAGAGCCAACACUGGUAUCAGGUUGGAGACUUUUUAGUGGCGGUGAAAAAAAUUGCGGUUUGGAGGGGGGGGGGAAAAAAAAAAAAAAAAAAAAAAAAACGACCAAAAAAAAGUUCUUGUUGCCUUGCCACAGCUGUAGUUUUCAUUUGUCACUUUGAUGUAAAGUGUAGCAUGUACCGUACAGCAAGUAGGAAAUAAAACCAUGAAAUCUAUCAUAAUUUGAUUGUUGGAUUAGGAAAGCCAAAGGGGCAUGAAUCGGGCCAGCCAAGCCGUUCUGCGUCAAAAACAAUCCCAAAAGUACUCCGACUCAAUUCUGGCAGGCUUCAACGAGCUUAUUGCUGCAGUAGUUGAUCAAUCAAAAAAAAAAAAAAAAAAACGGACUGUAUUCCAUUGGCUUUACACAUGACAAUUUGGAUUAGAGCUGAUGUGCAAUGCGAGGGUAUGUGGAGACCAGCGAGAAAGCCUUUUGUUCUGCAUGGAAAAUAACUUCAGCUCAGCGUGACCGAUGACAAUGACAAGAUUUGACUUGCGUUUUAAUUGAAUGAUACAGGCCACGAUGGUCGUUUAUGAAAAUCAAGGCUCCAAAACAUUACAGAGGAGUAAUGCAUGACUCCAGAUUCAGACACACGCACACACAUAUGUGACUAUAGCGACACCUACCUAUUUAGAAUCACGUAGCGUUGAAUGUCUGAAUGAAUGAAUUUUGUAAAAUAUCCAUGUCGGGCCAUCUUUUCGCACUUGAAUCAUCUUGUCAAAUUUGGCUAUUUGCACAACACGCGAGGAUAGAAGAGCAGCUUAACGUCACGCAUUAAAAAAGAAACAUGGGUAGAGAUGA